ACGUCACAACUCGGAUGGGAGCUGUGGACACGCGCCAGCGCCUCCUCCGCCAUAGAGCACACAGCGUGCUGUCGACCCUUUUUUUUUUAUUUUUCUUUCACCUGCGCGCAUAAUGCGGCUUUCGGAGGGAGUGAGGCUAUAGGCUCCUCUAUUUUUAAAGGUUGAGCGUCGGGGCAAACGAAAUUAAAGCAGAAAGGACAAACUUCGAAAACGCACCCGCCAAGAGAAACCACGACUCUCAUCCGUGGAACUAUUCUUUGAACUGGCUACUGCUGCUAAUUAUUCGUCCGUUUAAGAGAAUGCAACAUUUAAGGACUACCAUAGCCAGGCUCCGGCCGAUGGCUGCUCUCCAGACCGCCAGGUGUGCGUCCCAGCCCGUGCAGGGGGGCCCAGGGGAACGGGCACUACGAACGUUUCCGUCCGCGCGACGCCUGGAGGCGCCCGGGGCAGCCGAACCUUUCCUGAACGGAACCAGCUCCAACUAUGUGGAGGAAAUGUACUUUGCGUGGCUCGAGAAUCCCGGGAACGUGCACAAGUCCUGGGACGUAUUCUUCCGGAACGCCAACGCUGGGGUUCCCCCCGGGGCGGCCUACCAGAGCCCCCCCGGCCUCUCCGGCCCCCGCCAGGUCCCGGCCGGCGGGGCCACGUCCGUGGUGGGGGCCCGGACCGACGUGGAGAAGCUGAUUGAAGAUCACCUGGCCGUCCAGUCCCUCAUACGGGCCUACCAGGUUCGUGGACACCACAUAGCCAAGCUGGACCCUCUAGAGAUCAGCUGCGUAGACUUUGACGACGCUCCGUGUAAAGUGGGCUUCCAGAACGUAGGGUUCUACGGCCUGCUGGAGUCCGACCUGGACAAGGUGUUCCGGCUGCCCACCACCACCUUCAUCGGGGGGGAUGAGAGUGCUCUGCCUCUCAGGGAGAUCAUACACCGCCUGGAGAUGGCGUACUGCCAGCAGAUCGGCGUAGAGUUCAUGUUCAUCAAUAACAUGGAGCAGUGCCAGUGGAUCAGGGAGAGGUUUGAGCGGCCCGGGGCCAUGCACUUCAGUGUGGAGGAGAAGAGGACCCUGCUGGCCAGAAUGGUGCGCUCCACAAGGUUCGAGGAGUUCCUGCAGAGGAAGUGGUCGUCGGAGAAGCGCUUCGGCCUGGAGGGCUGCGAGGCGCUGAUCCCCGCUCUGAAGACCCUGAUCGACGUGUCCAGCGGGAGGGGCGUGGACAGCGUCAUCAUGGGCAUGCCCCACAGAGGAAGGCUGAACGUGUUGGCCAAUGUGAUCCGCACGGAGCUGGACCAGAUCUUCUGCCAGUUUGACUCUAAGCUGGAGGCUGCAGACGAAGGUUCUGGUGACGUGAAAUAUCACCUGGGGAUGUACCACCGGAGGAUGAACCGAGUGACCGAUAGGGAGAUCACCCUGUCACUCAUGGCUAACCCCUCCCACCUGGAGGCAGUGGACCCCGUGGUCCAGGGGAAGACCAAGGCCGAGCAGUUCUACUGUGGGGACACCGAGGGCAAGAGGGUGAUGUCCAUCCUGCUGCACGGCGACGCGGCCUUCGCCGGUCAGGGCGUCGUCUACGAGACCUUCCACCUGUCCGACCUGCCCUCCUACACCACCCACGGCACCAUCCACGUUGUGGUCAACAACCAGAUCGGCUUCACCACGGACCCCCGCAUGGCGCGCUCCUCCGCCUACCCCACCGACGUGGCGCGCGUGGUCAACGCCCCCAUCUUCCACGUCAACGCCGACGACCCCGAGGCCGUGGUGUACGUCUGCAAGGUGGCGGCCGAUUGGAGGAACACCUUCCACAAGGACGUGGUGGUGGACCUGGUUUGUUACAGACGCAACGGCCACAACGAGAUGGACGAGCCCAUGUUCACCCAGCCGCUGAUGUACAAGAAGAUCAAGCAGCAGAAAGGAGUCCUGCAGAAGUACGCCACGGCCCUCAUCUCUGAAGGGGUGGUCACCAGUCAGGAGUAUGAGGAAAUGGUAGCAGAGUACGACAAAGUGUGUGAAGAUGCUUACACUCGCUCCAAAGACGAGAAGAUCCUGCACGUCAACCACUGGCUGGAUUCACCCUGGCCCGGUUUCUUCACCUUUGACGGCCAGCCCAAAAGCAUGAGCGUUCCGUCCACUGGCAUCAGUGAGGAGGACCUGAGCCACAUCGGGAACAUCGCCUCCUCUGUACCCGACAAGGACUUCACCAUACACGGAGGCCUCAGUCGUAUCCUGAAGGCGCGUGCGGCCAUGGUGGAGCAGCGCGUGUGUGACUGGGCCCUGGCCGAGUACAUGGCCUUUGGCUCCCUGCUCAAAGAGGGGGUCCACGUCCGUCUGAGCGGACAGGACGCCGAGAGAGGAACCUUCAGUCACCGACACCACGUUCUCCACCACCAGAACGUGGACAAGAGCAUCUGCAUCCCCAUGAACCACAUCGCCAAAGACCAGGCGCCCUACACCGUCUGCAACAGCUCCCUCUCUGAGUACGGGGUACUGGGUUUCGAGCUGGGCUUCGCCAUGGCCAGCCCCAACGCCCUGGUGCUGUGGGAGGCCCAGUUCGGAGACUUCCACAACACAGCCCAGUGCAUCAUCGACCAGUUCAUCUGCCCGGGCCAGGCCAAGUGGGCCCGGCAGAACGGCAUCGUGCUGCUGCUGCCCCACGGCAUGGAGGGCAUGGGACCUGAACACUCCUCCGCCCGCCCUGAACGCUUCCUUCAGAUGUGCAACGACGAUCAAGAUGUUUUCCCUAAACUUCCGCCGGAGGACUUUGCAGUGCGUCAGCUGUACGACUGUAACUGGAUCGUGGUCAACUGCUCCACCCCGGCCAACUUCUUCCACGUGCUGCGCCGACAGAUUGUGCAGCCCUUAAGAAAGCCUCUCAUCGUGUUUACACCCAAGUCUCUGCUGCGGCACCCGGAGGCAAAGUCUAGCUUCGACCAGAUGCUGCCCGGCACUGAGUUCAAGCGCAUCAUUUCAGAAGAGGGGCCCCCCUUAGCAAGCCCAGACAGGGUCCGCAGAAUCAUCUUCUGCACAGGGAAGGUCUACUACGAGCUGGCUCGGGAACGCAAACACAGGGGCAUGGAGGAACAGGUGGCCAUCGUACGCGUUGAACAGCUCUCCCCGUUCCCCUUUGACCUGGUGAAGGAAGAGGUGGAGCGCUUCCACCACGCCGACCUGAUGUGGUGUCAGGAGGAGCACAAGAACCAGGGAUACCACGACUACAUUAAGCCUCGCAUCCGCACCGCCGUCGCACGCACACGCCCUGUUCUGUACGCUGGUCGCGGGCCGGCCGCAGCCCCCGCAACAGGAAACAAGCAAACCCACCUGGCAGAGCUCCAGCGGUUCCUGGAUACGGCGUUUGACCUCCCAGGGACCUCGGGGGAACAGUGACCUGUGCGGCUGUACAUCUGCUUCUUCCGGCUGUUACCAGGGAGAACAUACUAUCCAAAUGAAGAGGAGGCAUUGAAGGGAUUUUACCUAAUGAAUGUAGUACAGUAUACAUUGACCUUGAUCUUGGAUGUGGCUGUUGCCGUAGCUUUUCCAACAUUUCAGAAAAAUAUGCAAGUUUUGCAUGCGUUAAUUACUGUUGGAACAAGAAUGACAUUGCAAUUUUGGGUGAUGAAAAACAUAUUACAUGAUUUUAAAUCCAAGCCCAAUUAAGUGCCUUUAUUUCUGGAUAUUUUAGACAUUUUAUCAGCAACGCACAAAUAAUUAUAUUUAAAGCUCUAUACGUUUAGCUUUAAAUAUAUUUAAAUAUUCUUUUUUUUUUUUUUGUUCAUUAGUUAAUUCAAAAAACUAACAGAGAUUCUAACUAUUUUGUUAUAGACAAAUUAUAUAAGAUUCCUAAGUAGCCAAUCUUCUAAAUUUGAUAUAAUAAAGUAAUCUCAACAUCUGGAAGAUAGCUAUUCAAUUUGUUCAACUCAUUUCAUUUAUGUCUCUUCAUUAUAGUCACGGUUCAAUAACCUCCCUGUACAAUCAUUAUGAACCUCUUCACUGCCGAAGGACAUAAAAAAAAAUCAAAUCUAUUUAUUUUUUAUAUUAUUUUAUGGGUUUGGAGAAAUAAAAAUGAUGCAGUAUAA